AUGUUACAGGACCUAUUUGGCGCGGGGACUGAUACAACUACAAGCACAUUAGAAUGGGCAAUGGCAGAAAUAAUUAGACAACCAGAGAUAAUGAGAAAAGCACAAGCUGAGCUUGCACAAGUCAUUGGAAAAGGAAAAAUAGUAGAAGAAGCUGAUGUUGCCCAACUUCCUUACUUGCAAUGCAUUAUCAAAGAAACAUUAAGAAUGCAUCCACCCGUUCCGUUCUUACUCCCGCGUAAAGUGGAGCAGGAUGUUGAAAUGUGUGACUAUAUUAUCCCGAAAGGGUCACAGGUACUAGUCAAUGCAUGGGCAAUUGGUCGAGAUUCUAGUUCUUGGGAGGAUCCUCUAGUAUUUAAACCUGAGAGGUUUUGGAGUUCGGAUGUGGAUAUGAGAGGGCAAGAUUUUGAAUUGAUUCCGUUUGGUGCUGGUAGAAGAAUAUGCCCCAGAGUGUCACUGGCAUUAAGAAUAGUUCCGGUAAUGUUGGGCUCGCUAUUAAAUUCCUUCAAUUGGAAGCUUGAGGCAGUAAUUGCACCAAAAGACUUAGAUAUGGAGGAGAAGUUUGGUAUCACCUUAGCGAAAGCCCAUCCUUUGCGAGCUAUCCCAUCCCCGAUUUAGAGUAUCGUAUUAUAUUAUUACUUUAAAUACAACAUUUGUUGUGAUUAUUACAGUAAAAUAAGAAGGUUAUGAUGAUUAGAAGAAGAGAUUGUUGUGCAAC